CGACCGGCCGCCGCUGUCGCCGGCCGCCUCUCGCGUUCCCCUGGGGGUGGCGGCGGACAGCACAGCCCCCGGUUGUUGCCGGUUCAGCGGUGUACGGUCUGAAGGAGUUCUCAGAAGGGGUGUCGAUAUUAAAGAAAUUUAUCACAUAAAAGAAAUGAUUGAGUCAGUCAAAUUAAGAAGGCAGUGCAUGCUGGAUUUCUACUCACAUUAUGAACAUCUUUGUGAACUUCAAGGCUCUGUCCCACUGAAAGCUGUGAAGGCUAACCUGACUCAGAAUGCUAUUGAUCUAAUUGUAGAUCACAUCAAAGCCACUGACUGGGCACCACUUCUGAAUGCUAUCAGGCAUAAUAAGACGCUGACUUCUAUUGGAAUAAGAAGUUUGCAUCAACAUGGUCUUGAAGAAUCAGGUGUUGAAAGAUAUAAAACUUACUACAGAAGAACUCCAGCAACCCUAUCAAAAGACUUAACUGGCCAACUAUGCAAAGCUGUGAAAGGCUGUCUCUGUAUAUCAGAUGUACUAAAAAAUUUAGAACUGCAGGGUUUGCUUCUGAGGGAAAGAGAUCUAACACUUUUAACAAAGGGCUUGGCCACAGCUUCAUCUCUGGAGAGUGUCUCUUUAGCCCACUGUCCAAUUGGAGACGUAGGGUUGGAAACAAUCUGUCAGAGUAUAAAGAAUACAGCUACUAUCAGAUCUGUAAACUUCACAGCAUGUAGCCUCACGUGGCGAGGGGCUGAACAUAUGGCAAAUGUGUUAAAGCACCAGGCAAUGAGAAGACACGGUGAAGCUUGGGCUGAAAGCCUUCGUUACAGGCGACCUGACCUUGAAUAUAUGACAGGCUUGAGACGGGUUACUUUGAACUGCAACAUGCUUGUUGGAGAUAGAGGAGCAAGUGCCUUUGCAGACUGUCUAGGAGAGGACCUUUGGCUGAAAGCACUUGAUUUGCAGCAGUGUGGAAUAUCCAAUGAGGGAGCAAGAUCAUUAUUAGAUGCUCUUCAAACUAAUACAACAUUAGAGGUACUUGACAUAAGAAAAAAUCCAUUAAUAGGUCAGGUUCUGAUGAAAAACAUUAUUGAAAGAGUUCUUAAGAAUGGAACUGGUUCUAAUUCAGAGUAUAAGUGGCUGACAUCUCCGUCCUCCAAGGAUGCUUUGAAAAAUAGACCAAAGAAAAGGACUAUUGUUCUAGGAAGUGGUCGAAAAGGAAAAGCUACUAUUCGUAUUGGACUAUUGUCUAAAAAAUCGGUAAGUCCUGGGAAGAAAAGUACAUCUGUGAAAGAGAGUUACUCACCAAAACCACAACCACCAGGCACAGAAGGCUUCCUUCCUUGGCGGACUGCAGAACGUGCAAAGAGAUGCAGAGGUGGAGCUCUGGAUCGUGCUGGAGAAUUGCCAGUGGAGAUUCAGACAGGUGUUCCUGUGAAAGUGACGGUAGAAAGUGCUUCUACAUCUGAUACUGAAGACACAGAAGAUUUAGAUGAUGUCAUCCACUAUCCUGAUUUGGCAAAGUCAACCGAUAAGGUUAAUGGAACAGAGUAUCAACAAUUAGAGUUGGAGCUGGAAGAAUGCAUGGAAAAACUAAAGGAAGAACAAAGAGCUAGAGAGAAGGCUGAGGAACGGGUAGCAGAGCUGGAAGCUGAAAAUGCAAGAUUAAGGAAUCUAAGUAUCUCCCUAUCCGAGGUUCUUCAUGCACAGUCAGUAACCAGCACAAUUUUGGAAGAUGAAGGUGUUCUAGGCAGCAUUGAGAACUCUUUCCAAAAGUUCCACGCUUUUUUAGACCUCCUUAAAGAUGCUGGACUUGGACAACUUGCUGUAUUAGCUGGGAUAGACCAGUCAGAUUUUGGCCUUUUGGGGCAUCCGCAAAUGAAUUCUACUCUCAGUAAGGCUGCUAACUUCGUAAAGGAGAAGUCUUUUGAAGAAGAAAGACAGGAACAUACCCAGAACAGCAAAUAUCUUCAUUGGAAUCUCUUGUUUCAGAACAGAAUAGGGGACAUCCAGCUGUCUCUUCCUGGCACGUUUCAAUCCCAGAUGGUCAUGAAUAAUACCUUUUCUGCACUUAGAGAAAUACAAGAACUUCAGACUGCUGGACAGCAGUACCAGCUAGGCUCAUGGAAGGAAAAUGAAGCUCAAACAAUUAACCAAAAUAAAGAGGAUAAACCUCGAAGUAGUACACCAGUAUUCUCUGAGAGGAGAGUCAAACAAAAUGAACAAGCAAAAGGUCACUCAGCAAGGCAGUUGGCUACAGGUCUGCACUCAUUUGCUGAUUCCAGUGUACAUAUUAAAAGUGAUGACAGCAGAGUAUCAAGUGGUAUGUCUGUUGAAAAAAGCAAAAAUUCUUCCUCUAAGAAAUACAUCCCUGGAGCAAAUGAAACGGCAGCUCCAACUACUGGAGCGAGAGGAAACCACAGUACACUACAAGCAGUAAACAGCUCUGGAAGUGAUACAUUAGGAUCUGGCUCUGAAAUACAAGAAAGUAUACAAAGUGUUACCAGCAUUUGAAAUGGUUCUAAAAUGUUUAGACUGUUCUUUACACUUGGAAUAUUAAUAGUAGAGUUUGGAUGUUUCAGUAUAGUUUGUGAAUUUUUUGUAAGGUAAUGAAGACUUUGUGACUUUUUAAAGCAUUGCAUGUUGUUUUAUGUUUGCAUUCCUUGUCAUGAGAUUUUGAAUUUUGGAAACGUGAUGCACUUAAAAUGGUACCCGUCACUUCCUACUACAGCCAAAGGACUUCUGGCAUAUGGAUUUCAUUAUCUCCAUCGAUCUUGGUGUAGAGUGUAAACUGUUUUGAGCCAAUAAACUUAAUUUGAGUACAGUUUUUUUUCCAGUGUUUAUUUCCAGUGCAUUCCAAGGGUAGGGCAAAAAUGGUUUUGGGGCAAACAUCAGUUCCUGCUUAAUUGUGUGGGUGUGAGAGUUCCAAAAGUAGUGGAAGUUUCAGAUUCAAAAAUGACCCCAAAAACAUCUCUACAAGAAAUCUUUAAAUAUAACCAUCUUCUUGUACACCAAUCAUACCAGUUAUUGGUAUGAUGCAGAUUACAGAGUAACGCACGCUGGAAUUAACCUUUGGAGAAUGUCUAGUCCAACUCAGUUGGCUUCCUUUCAGGACAUAGAGAAAUGUGAGAAAAUAAAACUAAAAGAAUAUAAUUAUUUUAAAACUCCUGGAAUUUUCCCCCCAGCUUCUUAUUUCAGUCCUUGUGCAUAGGCAGCUGAUUUGCAGCUUCUGAACUAGAAGAUAUUUUUCACAUAGAGGAAUUGGGGAGGAUGCUUUAGGAUGAACUGGGGGGGGGGGGGAACAUUGUGUAACUUUCUUUUUUAUUUUGUCAUCUGUCAUGUGAGUUCUGGAACACAGAAGAUCUGUAGAAAUUCCUGACUCCAGUUGCUUUAUAAUUAUGAAAAAACUCAUGAAUCCUCAUGUGGAAGUUUUCUACAGAGCAAAUAGCACAAGUUUACCUUAACUAUUGCGAUAUUGCACAAGUAAUUGCACAAUGAAAGUAUGUUCUUUGUACAGACUUUGUCACUUCAGAAUAAUAGAAGGUAAUACAUUAAUCUGUAUUAUUUUUCACAUACUUUCCCAACUGUUUGUCUAAUUCUUCAGUCGUCCGUUGCUUGUGAUUUUGGUUUGAUUAAACAAUUACAUGCAAUCUGUAUAUUCAGCAUUAAAAUACUACUUGUUCCCUUUUUUUAAAUUUAAAACUCAAAAGCUAAUUUAAUCCUUGAGAAAUGCUGAGUAGAACUGUAAAUUCAAAAGUGUUUGGAUUUGUGAGGUUAGCAAUUAGGAAUCUGUUAUUUGUACUUAAAAAUAGCAAAAAUAACUUAAAACAGCUUAUGUAUUGAAGGCCUAUAACCAGGUGGCAUAAACUACCUUUUAUUUUAAGUACUUACUUUUUAUAUUUGCUUUGACAGUAUGAAUUAUGU